AUGAAAGUAACUAUAGAAGCCCGUGUUAGCAAGGGAAAGUAAGUGUUUUUUGCUAAAGUUACCGCAAUGUUUGAGUUAUUUCUAACAUUAUUUGAUUAUAGAGACCGAAAGGAAGUGGGUGAAAAGAGGAAUGAUCUCAUUCAGUACUUGAUAAAUAAGGGUUCUUUGCCCAAUUGGACUCCAGUCCUGAUCACUUGUCCUGACCUAAAUUCCUCCAUUGAUUAUGUUUUAGUUGGUCUAGAUAGUGAUGAUGAUACUGUAAGUGAAAUAUCUGUGAACACUUGUUUGUUUAGGAUGUCCAUAUUACUACUGAAUCUCAAAUUGUCUUUUAUUCAUCAAAAGACUUCGAACCAUGCGUUCAGGAGAUAUUCUUGGAUGAAAAUAGUAAUGAGGGUGCCGUUAGUUCAACGGUUUGGGAGAUCCCGAACACAGAGUUCGAUAGCAUUUGGGAGAAUCUUUUCUUUGACAAUAAUUUGAAGGGCGAGGUAGGUGCGACCUAAUUAUUAACUGAUUGCUUUCAGCUCCUUCGUUAUGCUUCUGGAGUCCUGAAGUUGUCCAGUUUGGGUGUUGAUAGGAAUGUGAUUGAUUUGAAUAGACUCAUAUUACUUCAUGGUGAGUAAUAUCUGCAAAGCAACAAAUUUAUGUCUUUUUAGGGCCUCCUGGGUCGGGGAAGACGUCGUUGUGUAAAGGAUUGGCUCAACGAAUCGCCUCGAGGUAUCAGGAAACAUACAAAAGGAGUAUAUUCGUUGAAGUUAACAGCCACAGUUUGUUCUCCAAGUGGUUUAGUGAGGUAAGAUUUAAAAAAAAAUUAUUCAAUUCUCGGUUUAGAGUGGCAAAUUAGUGCAAAAGUUGUUUGAUCAAGUAGCGGAGAUCGCCGAGGAACCUAGAAGUCUGGUGAUAAUGUUAGUUGACGAGGUUGAAAGUCUUGUGAUGAGUCGAUCCUCAGCCCAUUCGAAUGAUCCCUCAGAUUCCAUUCGAGCUGUUAAUGCAGUAAUCACUCAGAUCGACCGAAUUCGGCGAUAUCCGAAUGUCCUUGUUCUCACCACGUCCAAUAUCACAGAUGCUCUAGAUUCCGCGUUUUUGGAUCGGACAGAUAUCUCCAAAUAUGUUGGGAAUCCAUCAAAAAGAGCAGCAUCUAUUAUAUUGUCAAAGGCUGUUAAUGAAAUGAUUAGAGUGAGUUAUGCUCUUGUCUUCAACAAUUGACACCUACUUUGACAGUGUUUUCCAUAAAGAUAAGUGUGAUACUUUAGGUCGGCGUUUUUGAUGGACCAAUUGAAGUGGGUGACAACAUUAGCAAUAUUCUUAACAGGAACGACAACCAGAAAUUAAGUGGCCGUAUUCUAAAAAAAGCCCCAGUUUUGGCGUAUUCGAAGAUGAACAAUGUAAGCUACUUUUAAUAGGGAAAUUUUAUUUUUAGAAUGGUAAAAUUAAUCUCGAGAGUUAUCUGCGACAGCUUGAAAGUACGCUAGUAGAGCUGACCUUGAGGCCUUGA